CCCACCCCCACCAGUUGUGUAUUUUAGAGAGAGACACAAAAGCAGAGAUGAAAGAGAGGGCACUCUCACAUACCCUGUUUGGCCAUUGAUGACAAUUUCACUCGUUCUUUUUUGAUUGAAUCGUUUUUUUUUUUUUUGUAAAGAAUUGAAUUGAUAAUGGCGAAAACAGGGUUGAUAGAGAAAGAUCCGGUGAUGGUGGCGAAGGCGGCGGAGUUGAAGAAAGAGUUGCAGAGACUGGUGAGGGCAAUUGUGGACGAUGAUGAUUUGAAUAUCGAAACUAUUGAUCGAGCCAAUCAGGCACUUUGUGGAUUAAAGGACUUGAAGUUGAAGAGAUCUUUGUCUCUGAAGCUUCAUGAGGCGGUGGGCUUUCCUGAUGAGUUUCGGUGCCCGCUUUCCAAGGAGCUCAUGAGGGAUCCUGUUAUUGUGGCCACUGGUCAGACUUAUGAUAAGCCCUUCAUUCAGAAAUGGUUAAAAGCGGGGAGCAGGACAUGCCCUAAAACCCAACAAGUGCUUUCGCAUACAGUUCUUACGCCUAAUAUCUUGAUUCGGGAAAUGAUAUCUCAAUGGUGCAAGAACCAUGGGAUCUCAUUGCCAGAUCCUGUUCAGUAUUCCAAUGAGGAUGGGAUAACUGAAGCGGAUCGGCAUCAUUUUCUAUCUUUGCUUGAAAAGAUGUGUUCAACGCUUGCUGAUCAAAAGGAAGCUGCAAGGGAAUUGAGAUUGUUGACAAAGAGGAUGCCCUCAUUCCGAGCACUGUUUGGAGAGUCUAUUGAUGCUAUACCUCAACUGCUUAAUCCGCUGUCACAAAGCAAUUCUCAAAAUAACAUUCACCCUGAUCUCCAAGAAGAUUUGAUUACAACAAUUCUGAAUCUCUCAAUCUAUGACAAUAAUAAAAAGCUUGUUGCUGAGACCCCCAUGGCUAUUCCUCUUCUUAUGAAUGCAUUGAGAUCAGGAACAAUCGAAACAAGGAGCAAUGCUGCUGCUGCCCUAUUCACUUUAUCAGCUCUUGACUCCAAUAAAGCCCUUAUUGGGAAAUGCGGUGCCCUAAAGCCCCUUAUUGAUCUCUUAGAUGAGGGGCAUGCAUUGGCUAUGAAAGAUGUUGCUUCAGCAAUUUUUAACCUCUGUAUUUUCCAUGAGAAUAAAGCGAGAGCUGCAAAGGAAGGUGCGGUGAGGGUGAUCCUUGAAAAAAUCAAGAACCGAAUACAUGUUGAUGAGUUAUUGGCUAUCCUUGCUAUGCUUUCAACCAAUCAAAAAUCUGUUGAGGAAAUGGGAGAGCUUGGGGCCGUUCCAUGCUUGCUUAGCAUACUAAGGGAGAGCUCUUGUUCUCGCAGCAAGGAGAAUUGUAUUGCAAUCCUCUAUAAUAUCUGUUUUGGUGAUAGAACAAAGUGGAAGGAGAUAAGGGAGGAAGAGAAUACUUACAGUACAAUAUCUCAGCUUGCACAAAAUGGGACUUCGAGGGCCAAGAGGAAGGCCAGUGGCAUUCUUGACAGACUUAACCGGGCUGUCAAUCUUACCCAUACUGCAUGAUGCAGCACUGGAGCACAAAAUCUGUAAAUUCUACAUCUUCUAGCUUUUCCAUCUUUUAUUUACUUUACGGGCAUCUUGUGGUCAUUCUCAACCUCCAUAUUGUAUAUUCUAUUUCCUCACCAGAGUUUGAAUCUCAGGUUUAUGAGUUAUAGUCAUCGUAAAUAAUUACGAAAGAAACUUGAUUUCUAAGAUCUUCCCUUUUAUAUAAUUCAUG